UACUACCCGGUCAUAUUUGACAGCGACACCAGCGCAAAGCAGCAGUAGCAAUGGCUAAAAGUGAUGGAUGCGAUUACUUUAGAAGAACCAGCCUGUUUUGGAUUGUCUCCGUGACACUCUCGGUUGGAUAUUUUACUUGCACCGUGUUUGCGCCAGAAAAAAUCCCAUUUGAGUACCUUGGUCUUUUCGGCACCUUCUGCAAAUACCUUGUGGAUAAUUAUGCUGGCAUUAUGUACAAAGGGUGGUGGGCAGCCUUUGCUAUUCAUGUCUUUGAGGCCAUUGUUGCAUUGAAGGUGUGCAGUGACAAAGGUAUCAACAACAUGGGCACUCGCUUCCUGUGGUUUUUCCAGACCUUUCUGUUUGGCUUUGCCUCCCUCGGCCUGCUCCUCAAGUACGACCCCAAGCGUCCCAAACAGCACUGACUCCAGCAGCAGAGGCAGAUAGAACAACACUGCAUAAGCUGAGCUUCAAAAAUUAAUUGUUUCCUUGUGCCUCUUCUUCCUCCACUGUCUUUCUCUGAUGAAAUCCUGGUGAGAGGGCAACGAAUGGUGGUAGACCCCUGAGCCUUUUUCUUUUAUAGUGUUUCUUUUAACACAAAAGUAUUGAAGUGGAGACAUUACUUUGAUAGAGACACUACAAACAUUUCUUACUUGUUAUACUAUUUCCUAUGAUAAUAUGAUAGACUGACACCUUUUUUCAUUCCAUAGAUUUUCUAUACACAAUGCUGGAAGAGGGCUGUAGUAUAUUGCAGAUAAUAUUCUAAUGUUUUAUUGAAAAUGGUAUGAACUGGAGUUAUUUAAUCCUCAGAGAUGUCCUGAUGAAUCUGCCCUGAGCUGAAAAUUUGGUGCAUUCCAAAGCGAAUCUUUUAUGCAAUUUUUUUGUAUCAUGAUGUUUACAUUCAGCCUGGAUGGUGGCAGUAGGGAUAUUUUCUCAGCUGCUGUGAUGAACAUAAUGUCAGACAGGUUGGCUGCAGAUGGUACACUGCCACCAGCCUCAGAAGUCUCCAGGAUAAAAAUAAACAGAGCUGCUGUAUUCAUGUUUUAAAUCCACAUUUGCCUUUAUUAUACUGAAGUGCUUUUGAGGUUUUUUUAACCAGACUGGAAGUUCUUAAUAUUAACACCGCAAAAUAAAAUGUCAAUGACAAACUGCA